AUGGAAACAGGAGAGCUAGCAGCGGACAGCCGGCGGUUCUUCUGGCUGACGCAGGCCUUCGUGGUGCUGCUUUUUGGCCUUCAGCUGUCUUUGUGCCUGCAGGCUGAAUGGGGCGGCGGCUUCGCUAUAAGCGACAUUACUUCAGUUCAGUUCUUUAACUUUCAUCCGCUACUGAACAUCUUGGCUUUCGGGGUGGCAUCGACAGAGUCGCUUAUCAGCUUUAAGGCUCUCGAGAAAACUGUAGAGCCCCAGCCGCAGGCAGGCCUCAAUGCUGUGGGGAGUCGUUGUGAUUCCGUGGGGGCCGCUUCGCGCAUUUCACAAGUCUCACCUGUCACUGGGAAAUGUGUGGUUGCAGCGUUCAUAGUUGGAUUGGAAUGGCGGUGGACCGUGAAGGCCGCUUAUCUACGCUACCACAAAAUAGGGGGCCUUGGCAUCUACUCGGGGGCUCUGGCGGCUGUCUCCUCGGGGCUGAUGCAGAAGCAGUCCUUCCUGCGCAACAAGAGCCCCAAAGCUCCGCUUUUUGGGAGCGCAAACCUUCUGGCCAACGCCUUAGGAAUCUCCGUAGUGUUGACUCUCUUCGCAAUCAUAAAAGCCAUUUUUUUCGUGGGUGUUUACUUUUGCAGGUCCUGUCGGUGUUGGGCAUUGAAAGUUUCUCUUCGAACCGUGCUUUCUACUCAGAAAGGGCCUCAGGCAGUAUGUCGCCCCAAGAUGGGGACCUCAGACCAGUUGGCUCAGCUGCAGAUACCGAACGGCUUCGCCCCAGGACCCCCACCCGGAGGUCGAGGUGACCCCGCCUGA